UUGAUUAUUUAUUUAUUUAUCUCAAUUAUUCCUACAUAUUCACCUCUUCUUCUUCUAUUCACUCCGAAAUUUUACACUUCCUCUCUCUCCCUUUCGCUUCUCAUCCAACAUUCCUACCCAAAAUGAGAAACAUCGGCAAUUGUCCGACGCUCCUACUCCUCGGAGUUUUAAUCUUCUGUUGUCUUUCCAAUGUUAGAUCCGACGCCUCCGAUCACCGUUACAAAGACGGUGAAGCUGUCCCUCUCUACGCCAAUAAGGUCGGCCCUUUCCACAACCCCAGUGAAACAUAUCGCUACUUUGAUCUGCCUUUCUGUUCUCCAGAUCAUGUAAAGGAGAAGAAAGAAGCGUUAGGUGAGGUUUUGAAUGGAGAUCGACUCGUGAGUGCUCCUUAUAAGCUGAAUUUUAGAGAGGAAAAAGAUUCUUCUGUUGUUUGUAAGAAGAAGCUUUCGAAAGAUGAGGUUGCCUUUUUCCGAAGGGCUGUUGAAAAGGAUUAUUAUUUCCAAAUGUACUAUGAUGAUUUGCCAAUAUGGGGUUUUAUUGGAAAGGUUGAUAAGGAAGGAAAAGCUGAUCCGAGUGAGUACAAGUAUUUCCUUUACAAGCAUAUUCAGUUCGAUAUUCUUUAUAACAAGGAUCGCGUUAUUGAGAUUAGUGCAAGGAUGGAUCUUCAUUCGCUCUUGGACUUGACUGAGGAUAAGGAAGUUGAUGCUGAGUUUAUGUAUACCGUGAAAUGGAAGGAAACUGAUACUCCUUUCGAGAAGAGGAUGGAUAAGUACUCCAUGUCUUCUUCUUUGCCCCAUCAUUUGGAGAUUCACUGGUUUUCCAUUAUCAACUCUUGUGUGACGGUUCUCCUUUUGACCGGUUUCCUUGCAACCAUUCUCAUGCGGGUCUUGAAGAAUGAUUUCAUUAAGUAUGGUCAAGAUGAAGAAGCAGCUGAUGACCAAGAAGAGACGGGAUGGAAGUAUAUUCAUGGAGAUGUAUUCCGGUUCCCAGAGUACAAAUCUUUGUUUGCUGCUGCUCUUGGAUCUGGAACACAGCUGUUUACUUUAACGGUUUUCAUUUUUAUGCUUGCAUUGGUUGGUGUCUUUUAUCCGUACAACCGAGGAGCUUUAUUCACUGCCCUGGUGGUCAUAUAUGCACUCACAUCAGGAAUUGCAGGAUACGCAGCAACUUCUUUCUACUGUCAGCUUGAAGGAAAGAACUGGGUUAGGAAUCUGUUAUUAACUGGCUGCCUCUUCUGUGGGCCCUUGUUUCUCACAUUCUGCUUCCUUAACACUGUCGCUAUUGCAUACAGUGCAACUGCUGCACUGCCUUUUGGAACUAUUGUUGUAAUAGUCCUCAUAUGGACACUAGUCACAUCUCCAUUGCUUGUUCUGGGUGGUAUUGCUGGCAAAAAUAGCAAGGCUGAGUUCCAAGCUCCUUGCCGCACCACAAAGUAUCCUCGGGAGAUUCCACCAUUGCCUUGGUACAGGAGUGCCAUUCCUCAGAUGGCAAUGGCUGGAUUUCUUCCAUUUAGUGCUAUCUACAUUGAGCUUUACUACAUAUUUGCCAGUGUCUGGGGCCACAGGAUCUAUACCAUAUACAGCAUCUUGUUUAUUGUCUUCAUCAUCCUUCUGAUUGUCACUGCUUUUAUAACUGUGGCUUUGACAUAUUUCCAACUUGCUGCUGAAGAUCAUGAAUGGUGGUGGAGGUCUUUCCUCUGUGGUGGAUCAACUGGUCUCUUUAUCUAUGCCUACUGCUUGUAUUAUUACUAUGCCCGAUCAGAUAUGUCUGGUUUUAUGCAAACCUCGUUCUUCUUUGGUUAUAUGGCCUGCAUCUGCUAUGGAUUCUUCCUCAUGCUUGGGGCAGUUGGUUUCCGUGCCUCGUUACUCUUUGUUCGACACAUAUACAGGUCUAUAAAGUGCGAGUAACAGGUUUAGUUGUCCUUACCAUUUCCAUCAAUUGUCAUAGAAAAUUCUAUGAUUUUUGUUAGAUAUUAGCUGGAAGAGGUGGCUUAAUUGCCAUCUAGCAAGUGAGGCAUGCUUUGACUAUACCUAAAGGGAGAUCUGCGAGAUCUGGCAUGUCAGUGGCAUAGGCAUUGGAGAACUUUUAGGUGUCAUGUGUUUAUUAAUAUUUGGGUUGUAUGUAACCAUAAGACAGAUUUGUGUAGGAUGCUUUUAUUUUUAUACUUUUUACCAGGGCAAAGGAUCUUUCUUGUCUCUUUACUUGAUUAUGUUGAAAUCUAGUGUUCUUUUACCAAAAAGUUAACUACAAAAGAUUGAGCCGUAAAAUA